AACAUCGUGAGUUAGAAGCCUGGGGGGAUUGCGGUGACCUUGCAGUGUUUGUAAACAGACACACGCUGGUACACGUUGAUGUCGGAAGAAACAUUAAAAAUAUUUACGACCAAAGUGAUCGACUAAAUCAAGAUAGAUACUUAUAUUAUUGAGGAAGUGGAAUAUCGGAUUAAAACGAAUAAUCAAAGAGUGAAGAGAAAGAGAGUAGUGAGUCGAGUGAGGAAGGAACAGAUAGAAAUUCGUUCGAGGAGGAACAUGGAAGUGGAGCCGAUGUGCAUAGUAGAAAACGAGACGGCGGGAUCUCGCGGUGAUCGGAAAGAGGGGGGCAAGAGGGGACGCAAGCCUGGAAGGAAAGCGUCCGACAAGGUGGACAUGAAAACCAAGCUCGAACGAAGUCGACAGAGUGCGAGGGAGUGCCGUGCUCGAAAAAAAUUGAGAUAUCAGUACCUGGAAGAACUUGUGGCUGACAGAGAAAAGGCUGUAUUAGCUCUAAGAAGGGAGCUCGAAAUGUAUCGUCAAUGGGGACACGAAUUGGAUCACGGACGUAUUCCCGAAGGGCUGCAUACCAUGCUGGAGCAAUUUGGAACUCUUAAGAAAGAGAAAAUCAACAGUUAAAUCAUCAUAGAUGACUAAAUUAUUUUCGAACGAA